CUGUACUUUGUUUUGUGAGUAUUUCAAAUCAUGAUCAAUACGGGAUUAUCGAGCUAUCCGGAUAUUACCUCCUUCGUAUGUAGUAUGGAAUAAGGAAAAGACAAGGAGUAUUGUUUCUGCUGUGUGACCAGCCAAUGAAAGACAUUGUUUCCGUAUCUUAUCGCCAUCCCCGUGACGAGCGCCAGAUUGGCGUUUUCCCCUCAACUCAACUUCUCUUACUGCCGGCUGCCCACCACCACAACUGGGAAGUCUCCUGCGAGCAGAUGCGAUCAAAUGCAGAAUCACCCAGCAACACCACCGCACACUGGUUAUCCCGUGCUUUGCACAAUGUUCGCAGGGAUGCACCGCCCUUUUAUUUAGACUUUGGCUGGACAGCUCCGUUGAUGAGGUGAUCGAGGCGGCUGCAAGGAUCGUCAACCACUUGCUUCCUUGACUACUUUAUCUCCCCUGCUCUUGUGCUCACGGCCAACUCAAUUA